AUGUCAUACUCUGGCUCCAACCACUCGGACAACAUGAACACUAGAUUCAGCACUCCAGCGCCCGAGCUGGACGACCAUCGGCGCAGGGUCGUCCCAAAUCCACAUCAACAUCUCGUCGUGCCUUCUGUUGCGAUUGAGCAGCCAACCCCGGUGCCAAGUGGUAUCGAUGCGAAGGACCUUCAAGAGAUCGAUGCCAGUCUAUUGCAUAGUCUGGAACAGAACCCAAUCGCUCGUGACUUUGAGCAGGCAAUUUUAGAUGAUGAUGCCAGCGCAGACGAGGAGGGCCAGCCAGGUAGUGCCAGGAAACUCUCCAACCAGAAACGCAGGGCCACAGACAGAGAAGGUCGCCCGCGCGCCCCACGACAGGAUCGUUCCAGAGAUACUUCUUCCUCUCGUUCGACGUCCCCCGCCAACUCUAUCAAGGCAUUCGCCGAGCCACGUCGGCGACAGCGUGCAAAUACUGCGGAGAGCCACGCAUCAUCUUUCAUUGAAAAUAUCAUCCGGCGAACAAACUCUAUUGGCACAAGCCAACGACGGCCAACCUUGACCAACAACAGUGUGCCACCCGCACUUACCGCACGGACUGAUCGUGAUGUCAACGACGACGUCUUCUUUCCAACCGAUGAAGAACCGGGCAAGACAUACAAAAUAGAUUUUGAAGAAUUGGAGGAAUAUGUUGUGUUAUGCGCUCAGGGCCAGAUCAAUGACAAUAUCCCCAAUCAGACGACUUCCGGCCAUACCGUGUUCGAAGACCUUCGUAAACCUGGUCAUCGAGGCAGUGUUACAAACGUGGCUUUGAAUGGCGAGGCUUUCUAUGAACAUCCACAGAAUUGUUACGACACAAGCACAACGCAAACUGAGUCGGAUGAAAAGGUUGCUGUGCAACACAAAACUAUCCCUGACAAACCCGUCGAACGAUUCUUCUUGUUUUCUUCCGAGUACCUUCCUGGGAGGAGUGCGACCAAGCUGGGUGACUUUGUGGCUGAUGGGACUACUUUUCGCGAUCUUUUUGAUCUUGGUCCAGAUGGCGCCGGGGUUUGGUGGCUUGAUGUCCAGAAUCCCACCAAAUCUGAGCUUGAAGUCAUUGCGAAGGCCUUCAAGAUUCAUCGCCUCACUCGUGAAGAUAUCGAAACUCAAGAAGCCCGAGAGAAAGUCGAACUCUUUUCCCAGUAUUACUUCGUCUGUUUCCGCACGUUCAAUCCUAACGCUAAGAGCGAGGAUUUCCUCGAUCCUGUACAUGUGUACAUUGUUGUCUGUGGCGAUGGCGUUCUGAGCUUCAGCUAUGAUGAGAACCCGCAUGCCCGCAAUGUCCGCCGGCGUAUUACAAAUCAGGGCGACUUCUUGUCCAUCGGACCUGACUAUAUCUGCUAUGCGAUGAUCGAUGACAUUGUUGAUUCCUUUGCGCCUAUCAUUCGUCAUGCAGAACAGGAGUCUGAAGAGAUUGAGGACCAGGUGUUCGUUGCUCGCGAAGAUGACUAUUCUGCUCUACUUCGACAAAUCGGCGAGUGCCGCAAGCGUGUGCUUAACAUGAUGCGGUUGCUCGGUGGCAAGGCCGAUGUCAUCAAGGGUUUUGCAAAGCGAUGCACCGAUCAAUAUCAAAUCACCCCCCGUGGAGACAUUGGGUUGUAUCUUGGUGAUAUCCAGGACCACGUGGUGACAAUGAUGUCCAACUUGGGUCACGUCGAGAAGAUGCUCUCGAGGUCGCAUGCCAAUUACUUGGCGCAUUUGAAUGUGGACAGUCUCCUCAAAGGCAACUCUACCAACAAGACUCUGGCCAGAAUUACUGUUCUAGCAACCAUGCUGGUUCCCCUAAACUUGAUCACUGGUCUUUUUGGGAUGAAUGUUCACGUUCCAGGAGAAGGAGGAAGUGACCUCAAAUGGUUCUUCGGCAUUGUGGGUAUGAUCCUUGCCUUUGUCACCAUUGCUUUGAUCGUUGCCAAAAGACUGAAGGCCAUCUGA